AUGAUUGGUACUCCAUUAUCAAUUUAAUAAUAAUAACUGUAAGCAGAAUUAUCAACUAAAAUAAUUUUAGAGAGAGAUCGAUUUUUAAUUAUAGAAAGAUCUUUAAUGUAUUGUCCAAGACUUGUGAAACAGCAAUGCUCUCUGGACAGAACAUAGGAUAUAAUUUUUUUUGGAUCAAUGUAUUCUACUAUCUAAUAAUUAGAUAUGAAAUUUCACUUUUUUUGCAUAUUGAGCAUGAGAAGCAGUAAAAAUGAUAAUCUCAAAAUGAGGCUAUAAGUUUUCUAACAUAUUUUGUAAUCCAGGACGAAUUGUGAGUCCAACUUAUAGGAUUUCUGAUGGGGAUAAUUUGAUAUUGAGUUUUUUAUCACAUGGUAAUCUAACAUCAAGUGAACAAUGAACAAGUGUUU